AUGGCUAAAUUUAUUGUGGUGGGAUUCCCCAAAUUCGUUUCACUAUAUUUUAGCUGUACGCUAAGAAUGUAUAUAACUUGGGAGGAGUCCGACGUAACCAAAUUAAUAGAAUUUACGAAAAGGACUUUUAAUGAUAAUGAUCGCUCAAGUUUGGAGAAAUGUGUAAGAAAUUGCACGGUAUCGGGAGAUGUAUCGAAUCCAUGUCAUACACAUUCACAUGGACAUCACAGUUCCGAUUUUAAGAGGAAUGAAGGGGACGUGGUUGGACGAUAUUUGGAUGACCUUUGGUCAUCUCGCUCCAAAAUAACGCUGUUCCUGGAAGAAGUUAUUGAAUCUGCAUCUGAAUCAUAUAGAAAUGUCGUUAACAAGGGUUUAAAAGACGGCUUGGCCUUAACAAGCGCCUCCGAUUCUAAAAUAGCUUAUUUUUCGUGGAAGAAAACCCUGGUUGAUAAAUUACAAAGGUAUAUCGUUAGGGAGUUGAAGGAGGAUUUUAUUAAAACGUCCUCGGAAGGACGGUUGUUUUCAUUAGGGAACGAGUACAAUAAUUUUGAGUCGGAAACCAUAAGUCAAUUGAUGAAUGAAAAUUACGCAGUUGUUAAGUCAUUUGUUGGACCUAAAGCAGCGAAUUCAUUCAGCGAGGUGGAAUUCAUGGAAUACAAUGCUCUUUUUAAAAAGAUUGAUAAGGCUUCAAACCCGUUUUACGAAAACUGUUACAUUUUAUGGUUAAAAUCGUCUUAUUUGGACGAGGAGAAGCAAAAGAGCACUGCUGAAAUUUUAAAUAAGUUGUGGCAAAUUCCCUAUGAACUGACGUAUAAGUGUAAGGUUCUUUUGCAGGUGGUGUCAACAGUGUGUGUAACUUAUAUGAAGCCUGGUGAAUCAAGUAUACUAAAACACGCUGAUGGAAAAGAUGGCGGAGUUAAAAUAACAUGUUUAUACGUGCCAAAGUCUUCUUUUGGCGCAUGCGUUGAGCUAACCGUGAAUGAGUCGGUGAAUAAAGUAGACCUGAAGAGCGAUCAGUUAAUAAUCUUAAGGUACUUUUAA